CAUAUUUGGCGAGGAAAGCUCGUCACUUAAAACACGCGUCAGUUACCUUCACGACCUGCCUACCACAAAGGAUCCACUGUUUCGUUUGAGGGCUCUGCUAUGUUACAUUUACUUAUCCACGCAAUCUGCCGCUAAGACCGGCCGUCUCGCCUCCCAUCAUCUCCUGGUGGACCUGAUGAGAAAAGUGCCGUGAAUCAGAAGUGUUUGAUCACUGCCGCUAAAUCCACAGUGAGACACAACGGUGAGCAAUGAUGGAGGCUACAACAGUGAUCGUCGCUGUGCUCGUCGUCGGCGUGCUGAGUACCACGGCUCACGACAUGCACGUCGAGAGGCUGACCGCAGAGGGAAGAGUUCUCGGGAGAGUGGUGUACACACUGGGCAGGGCAGUCGAGGAGUACCGUGGCAUUCCGUUCGCUGAACCACCAAUUGGACACCUCAGGUUCCGACCUCCAAGGCCCAAGACUGCUUGGGAAGGAACCCUAAACGCCACUGGAAGGCUUACAGCGUGUCAUCAGGUGACAGUACCCGGGAUCACACUAGACGGUGCCACAAUUACAGAGGACUGCCUGCACCUCAACGUCUGGGUCCCCGAAAGCGCAGUGAACGCUGCCUUUAGACGUCCUGUUCUAGUGUGGAUACACGGAGGAGGCCUCACUUUUGGCACCGCUAACCAGGCCGUGUACAAUGGAGCGGUACUCUCAGCUCUCGCAGAUGUACUUGUUGUAGCAAUGAACUAUCGACUUGGCAUCAUGGGCUUCAUGAACGCCAAUACUCCCGACGCACCGGGUAACGUUGGUUUCAUGGAUCAGAACAUGGCGCUCAAAUGGGUGCAUAGAAACAUUGAAUAUUUCGGAGGAGAUAGAGAACGAGUCACAUUGUUUGGGGAGAGCGCAGGCUCGACCAGUGUGCACGCGCAUAUAUUGUCCCCAAUGAGCGAGGGCCUGUUCAAGAGGGCCGUGUUGAUGAGUGGAAUCAUGUACAGCAUUGACACUUGGGAGACCGUCGAAGAGAGUAUGGCAAAAGGCGACAAAGUCGCGAGUGCUGUUGGCUGCUCCAGAGGAGGUAACAUAAGUCUGUCGUCCAACCCAGAAGAGAUUGUCGACUGCAUGCGACACAUACCAGCCGCCCAACUAUUUAAUGUAUCGGUGGAGGUCGCGGCCCCGAAAUUUGCUCCAUUCAGCCCCACCUAUCAUAACGAGUUCUUUCCCCGAAAGCCUCUGGUGGCAGUGAAACGUGGUUUCUUCCCAAAAGUCGAUGUAAUAGCAGGAGUAACUUCCGACGAAGCGGCUGGCCUCAUCCUCCUUCCUCCAGUAAAGGAACUCUUGGUCGAAGACAUGAGCGCCUCUUCAGCGAAAGAAAUCACCGAUUCCCUUCGUGCUGCGAUGUGGAAAUUUCUGAAAGGUGACCUACCAGAUGUGCUGCAGAAAUACGAAAACGAGGUGACUGAGGGCGAUAAAAACACGCUAAGACGGCAGUACAUUGAUUACGUAUCUGACAGACUGUUCAACUGCCCGCUGGAGUUUUUUGCAGAGCAGCACACCAAACGGGGCAACAAGGUAUUUGCCUACGUGUUCGACCACAAAUGGUCAAAUUUUCCUGUCCCUCGAUGGAUGGGUGUGCCUCACGCUUUCGACAUUCCAUUCGUAUUCGGUCAACCCUACACCGAAGAUUCCACUUCCGUGGACGGCCGCAUGAGCAAGGCAAUUAUUCGGAUGCUUGCAAGCUUCAGUGAGAAUGGCAUUCCUGAGCUUCCCCAGACGCAGACGUGGCCACAGUACACUAAUGCUACGCCGACGAUGAUGCUGAUGGGCCAGGGAAACUUCAGCCUGAUUCAUGGAUUCCGUGCUGCGUACUGCGAACGCUGGAGGUCGCUGUAUUAAGCUAAAAAAUAAGGUCAUUCUGCCGUAAGGGCAGAGAACUGGGCUGAGAAUUUACGUUUUUUUUUCCUGUAGUAAAGAUAGAUUUAAUUGAAGUAGAUACAUUAGGCCAACCUUUAGGCAAAGAAAACGGAAUUUUUUUUACUUUUUUAUUUUUUUGUCGAGCCUGGUGGCACACUUGUCACCAAAUGUACCAGCACAUAUAUAUGCAAGUUCUAGCAAUUUCUACAUCAGAGAGAGAAAAGAAGCCUAGCCGUGUUCUCAUAUGCCUCACAUAUGCACACUCGCCGCCUUGACCACGAGUUAUGUUGGCCAGAACACCCAGGGAUUACACGCCCGGAAAUGCUCAACACAGCGGACGGGGAAGCGCCUUCCGUAGUAGCUCAAUUGGUCGAGCGUCGAACGCGUAAUUCGAAAGCUGUGAGUCCGUAUCCCAUUGACGGAAAGAGUGCUUUUCCGUCCACUCAUAUUCCGUUGAAUUUAUAUCGUAAUUAUUGCGCUACAGUUAAAAAAAACACAAAUAAAAUUCCCUACACUUUUCAUGGCUUAAUUGUCCCUUGGAUUCAUUUGUUUAUCCUUAAAACACAACAUGGACCAUAUUUCUUAAGUUGUGUUUGAUCUUUGUUGUUGUACAACUGUUCUGCGCUUGUUGUAUCCCAACGAUUACGUAUUACCGCCCUCACGGGUUAUGGAGGAAAAUAAACUUAGCAUAUCCGAACUGAUGUUACUAUCUAUUGUGGUUCAUUUCGAAAAAAUCGCCUUAAGUAUUAUUCAGGUAGUUACAGACAAAAUUUCAUUCAUUUGCUUUACUACUGGACAUAUCCCUAUAUUCAGCUUACUCUCCGUCGUGCUCAAGGGCUUGUGCCGAACAAAAACGUGCAUGAAAUGCGCAUCGGUAUUGGCAUACGACUGCUUCACUGUGCAUCACGCAAAUAAUAAUCGCUAUUGGAAAAACAUACGUAUUCGUAGACAAGACAUAGGCGCUCUAGGAUGAGCACCAAGGAGGUGACGGUUUUCGGAAGUUGGCUAUAACUUAGUAAAUACUGAAGUAAUGUAUAAAUCCGCAGAGCUAGUCUGCUCAACGUCGUUGUUGGAAAAUAUUACCAAUUUUCUGGUGUUCGUCUCCACAAUUUCUCAGUAUGCCGUGCGCAGCCGGCGACGCUGCCUAACGUCAGAAGUCAUCCCUACGAGCAGCGUGGUCAAGGUCACGCGUUACUUGUGUCAAGAGAUAAUAUAGAAUUUUGCUUUUAUAUUGUUUAAUUUGGGAUCACGAAAAAAGCGAUUUUUGCAAGCUUUUUCAGAAGCAACUGCUAUGAAUUCAAGCGUAAAAUGUUGCACGCAUUGUAUGCAAGCUACUCCAUGCGACGUAUGGCUGUAACUGAAUACUUUGGCACGCAAAGAAUGACAGCACGAUUCACUUUUGAUGACACAGAGCAAAUAAAGACAUGUUUUAGAUUAACACAAGAUGGCAGAGUUGUUACGUUAGCAUAUUUGCUUGAGCGUGCAGCGUUCGAGUAGUCCAAUGCUUUGUCUCUAGUCUGUGCCUCGCUGCACUCUUAAACUAAAUAUGAAAUGUUUUCCGCAGAGGCGAUAAAUUUUGCACAGAAGGGUUUGUCUUAUCUAUGACGCUUAGUCUAACAAGGAGCAGUGAUAUAGCCCAUAAAAUUAAGCUAGAUUAUAGCUAUAGCAUGCCGACUAGAACUAGUCUCGAACUAAAACAUGCCCUUUCCUUGUGAUAUACAGCCCUUUUAAACUAGGAUUCAGCAAUACGGUUGGCCCUACAUUUGUUAUUUUGUUUUCUGCGCUGUGAAUCACCAAACUGGCUGAAUACGUUGAUGAGAUCCCAAAUAACUCUGUUCGCUUUAUUUUUAUCAAAUUACAGUCGCAAUAAAAUGUCAUCAA